AUGAAUCAACAAAAUGAACAAUUAAAUAAUUAUUUUUAUUCUCAACAACAAUCAUCACCAUCUUCAUAUUCUAGACCAGUCUUAGUCCCAGCUACUUCCAUCUAUGAUUUUUAUUCGUUAUUGAACAUUGGUUCUGGUGCUUUUGCACAAGUUUAUAGAGGCUACGAAUUGAUUAAAUUGAUGCCAGCAAAGUAUCGAGAAGUGGCUCUCAAGCGAAUUAAUCUUGCUGCUAUUACUGAUCCGGCUAUUUACAAAACAACAAUAAAUGAAGUUAAAAUUUUUACCAAUUUAAACCAUCAAAAUAUCGUCAAAUGUUUUCGUUCCUUUGAAGAGAUUUCGCGUUACUCGCAAAAUAAGUACCUCGUUCUUGUUUUGGAAUACGUUAAUGGCGGUGAUCUUCAAACUUGGAUUCAGCGUGCAACUUCCUACUCAUACCUUUUGCAUGAAAGUGAAAUUUGGUUUCUUUUUGGUCAAAUUGCUGGAGCUGUUAAAUAUAUUCAUUCAAAAAAAAUUAUUCAUCGAGAUUUAAAACCUCCAAAUGUUCUUUUGACGGAUAAUGGAAUUGUUAAAUUGGCUGAUUUUGGUCUUUCUCGUUUAAAUUUAGCUGUUGGAUGUCAGGCACAAACAGUUUGUGGUACUCCUUAUUAUAUGUCACCUGAACGAAUUAUUGAGGAACCAUAUACUUUUGCUUCUGAUAUUUGGUCUUUGGGUUGUAUUUUGUAUGAGAUGGCAGCAACAAAAUCACCAUUUUUUGGUGAAAAGGAUAAUGUUCAAUCCUUGAUACAAAAAAUACAAACUGCGGAUUACCCGCCUUUACCCGAUGACCGCUAUACUCCUCAUCUUGAAUCUUUAAUUGAAUCCUGUAUGCGUCCAACUAUGAAUGAAAGACCAAAUGCAUUUACAGUCUAUGAAGUAGCUGAAUAUAUGAAUGGUUUAUGGGGAAAUCAUUAAGGAAUAUGCCGAUGAAAGUAAAUAAAAAUUAUUUUUAAAUUAAUUUUUAAUUUCCCAUUAAUUUUUUUUAAAGUUUUUGUAAAGAAAACGAAUUUUGGUAAAAGUGGUUUAGACCCCCCCUCUCCCCAUUUUUUCUUUUUCGCUCAGUUUUUUAAAAAUUUUA